CGGAGGGCGGGUGCUGCUCUUCUGAGGCCCAGCACAGAGUCAGGUGGCAUCAGGCAGACCCCAGGAAUCAGGUAACCUCAGCCAGGACACUGGAACAAUGUCACAACAACUCCUCUACCGUGCUCUGGUGUCUGCAAAAUGGCUUUCAGAAGCCAUCAAGUCCAAGCAAGCUGGUCUGGCCUUGAGAAUCGUGGAUGCAUCCUGGUAUCUGCCAAAAAUGAAGCGUGACCCAAAGCGGGAAUUCGAGGAGCGCCAUAUCCCUGGCGCAGUUUUCUUCGACAUCGACCAUUGCAGCGAUCGUACUUCUCCUUAUGAUCACAUGCUGCCCAAGGCUGAUGACUUUGCUGAGUACGUGGGGAAGCUGGGUGUGGGGAAUGAUUCCCAUGUUGUGGUGUAUGAUGGCAGUGACCAAGGCCUCUUCUCAGCGCCCCGGGUGUGGUGGAUGUUCCGGGCCUUUGGACAUGAAGCUGUCUCCCUUCUGGAUGGUGGCCUGAAGAACUGGCAGCGAGAAGGACAUGCUCUGAGCUCUGGGAAAAGCCAGGUAGCUCCCACUGAGUUCCAUGCCUCCUUGGACAAGUCCCUGGUGAAAACGUACGAGGAUGUCAUAGAGAACUUGGAUUCCCAUCGCUUCCAACUAGUGGAUGCACGUGCUGCAGGACGGUUCCGGGGAGUAGAGCCAGAGCCCCGAGACGGAAUUGAGCCUGGCCAUGUCCCUGGGUCAACGAACAUCCCCUUCACUGAUUUCCUCACAGAGUCUGGCUUAGAGAAGACCCCUGAGCAGAUCCGCAGUCUGUUCCAGGAGAAGAAGGUGGACCUCUUAAAGCCAGUGGUAGCCACAUGUGGCUCUGGAGUCACUGCCUGCCAUGUGGCUCUGGGGGCUUACCUCUGUGGCAAAGCAGAUGUUGCUGUGUAUGAUGGGGCCUGGGUGGAAUGGUACAUGCGAGCACAACCUGAAAAUAUCAUUUCUGAGGGAAAGGGGAAGACGGUGUAGUGAGAUGCUUUGUGCUUUGUCUCCCAGCUGUGUAAAUAAUUUGCCUUGAAACAGGGUUUGGAAAAGAUGGGUUUAGCAUUCUUGGUUUAGUGUCUGGAGGUGAAAGUAUUGGGUGACGCGUAUGGGGACAUGGUGCUUUGCCAUUUUCCUCUUUAGACUACUGCUGCUGCUUAGAAGCAUAAAGAUGACCUAGGCAGACAGUUGUAGGUGACCCUGCCAGAUCCCUGACAGGCAGGGUGAGCCAGAUAUCCCCCCAGGAUCACUUCUAGCCUCAGCUUUUCUGUGAUUUUGUGUUCACUGUAUCAGGUGGAAGAGAGAGGAUGCUGGUGGUAGCAUGGGGAAGUAACUGAGUCAAGCCAAGAUCAUGACUUGGGAUAUUCCAACAUGUUCACUCACAGGAUGAUCAAAUUUGUAUAACUGUGCCUGCUCUCUGCAUCUGCCCUGGAAGUCAUCCAUGCACUUUAUGAUCAUUUUGAGUGCAGACUUUGGGGAAAGACAUAGAUGUGAAAGGACCAAGUAUGGCUUCCAGGUUGGCACUUAGGUUAGAGAGUUUGGAUUCUUUCUUGCACUCAAAUUCUUAACUGCAGUGUGUAUUUAGUCAGUUUUGUACUCCUAUGGUCCAAAAUUCCCCUUGUAACAAAGAAAAGAUUCUGAGAUUGGGUGAAUAAAUGUGUUUC